UUACCUGACUCAUGCUGUCUUGUGAUGAGCAUUUCCCAACAGAGUGGUGUACCCUUGAGUAUGCGGAGAUACUGCUUCUCUCAGCUUUUUCCUGGCUGAGAGCUGUGAGGAAGCACGAGAUCCUCUUGCCAAGAAGUAAGCACAGAAGGAGGCUCGGGAGAAUUAUGUCUUCCUGGAAAGUGAAACUGAGUUACCCAGAAAUGUGCCUGGAAAACAGAACUGAGACAACAGCCUUCCAACUGUCUUCUGAUAUAUCAGUUGCAAGCAAAAUCACUCCAUGCUCCACAGUAGAUGUGUCAAUGUAUUCUUCAGACAUGUCCUUUGUGGACUUGUCUCAUUCUGCCUCUGUCACGGGGACCACAGAGUCAUCCAGUUCAGCACAAUCUUAUGGCCUAGCCCACACUUUGCAAAGCAGAACCAUAGCUCAGCUCAGAGAUGGUACUGAAAUACCAGACAGGGAGCCUGGUCCACCAAGAAACCUUAGCCUUCCAUUGACAGUGUCACGUCAGUGCCAGGAUUAUUUCAGCCCUUUGCUCAUUGACUCAGGGCAGACUGCCCAGAGCCUCAGAUGCAUACUCAUGGAAGGAUCUGUUCUGCUUAUGAGGACUACUACCAGAACUCUGCAUCCAGGUACAGGCACAGUUGAGGCCUUUCCUUUGGUUUAUUUUUGUAGGGAAGAGAUGGUGUUUUGUGAAGCAUCUCAUUUAGAAUGAUUGUGAAACUCCAGCAAACCCUUGACAAAAGGCUGAGUACCCUUUAACAAGAGUUAUUAUCCAGGUGGGUACUGGAGAACCUCAGAGGCUUUGAACUGUAAGGAUCAUACUUACUGCUUUAGGCACAACUGCCCCCAAAUUGGACUUAAUCCUCAGAAAAAGAUUAAUCACCCAUCCUUAACUAUAUCCCUUUCAAUGUUUGCUAAUUUAUUCUGCCCAGGGCUACAAAGACACCUUGUGAACGCAGUCCAGAAAAGGAGCAGAAAUACUUUAUCUCAUGGGUGGUUUGGCCUUGUCUUCAACUGAUCCCACACAGUUUUGAAUCCAAGAGUAGAACUGAUAUUGCAGGGGUUUUUAGAGGGUUCCACUUGCAUGAAGUUAUGUGAGGCAGUGACAGGCAGCCAGAGAAAUUAACUGGGCUGUAUGUAGUUUACAUCAACCUAGAAAACCCACUAAAAAAUAAAGUAUUGUCUCCUGGAGAAGACAGUUAUCCUGAAAAGGCAUUUGCCAUCUUUAACUUGGCUUCACAUAUACUAUGGGUUGGGAAAGACCUAUCAAAACAGAUCCUCAGCUGGUUUCAAUUAUCUUAGAUCUGUCUCCCUUAGAGAAGUGGCAACAACUAACAACUCCAGUUUUAAGGCUAACUCCUAUGUAGACACUGUCUCCUACAGACUGUUUCCUGCCACAUUGUUCAGUGGAUAGGCCUGCACUUGCUUAUUGCUAAGAUUGCUUUCACAACACUCAACAUACAUUUCUCCUUUUCUAAUAUUAUUUCAUUGGUGAUAGUUUGGCCACAUAAAACCUUUGCCUUUUUGGUAUUUUCCACCCAUAUGCCAUACCCAUUCUGUUAUCACAUGACCCUGUGAUUAUCUGUUGAAUACAAGCAUUUUAGCUCUUUUAUUCUUUCCCGAAGUUACCCACAGUAUCCCUCACCAUUAUACUGUUCUAUGAUUCCUUCUUAAUUAACAGUAUUUUUUUGGUCAUGAGAAGUUCUAAAAUGAACCAAAUGCAUAUUAUCUUGGUAUUAUUCCAGCCUAAAUCUAAAGUUCUAGCACAGUAAUGCUCAAAAACAAGCCAAAGCAUCAUCGGUGAGUUUGCAUAUGUGGUGCCUCAGGCCAAGACACAAGGGGUGGAUGAACUCUGUGUUGCCUGUCUUAGAAGUGGGAGAACUCUGUCUCCCUGCAUUUACUCAUGGCAUGAGAUAGGAGCAAUUAGGAUGAAUUUUCUUGUAGUCAAUGAAGCUGCACUGGUGCAUGUGAACAUAAGGACCAGUAUUUCUACUUUGCCUUCUCCACAGCUGCAAAAAAGGUAUCUUCCACUUUGUGCUCCCUAAUCUGCAUGGACAGUGCCAUAAAAUUGUAACAGCCUUUUUUCUUCUGUCAGAUUACAAAUGCAUCAUUGGCUUCCUCCUAGCUUUCUUUCAGCAUUAUUGCUCUCCAUAUGUCUCUCUCCUGGUGAAUGUUAUUUCCUCUCUGAUGAAUUAGUUCACCAUUUUUCAAGAGCUGCAUCUUACUUAUUCUUUGACCAUAUUUCUAAGCCCCCCAGGGCUCUUUGUAUUAUUUCUCUUGUCCUCAUUUGUGUUCCCCUACCCUCUUCUCUCAACUUAAUGUUAUCUACAUAUUUUAUUAACCAGCUGUUUUAUUCCACCUUCCACAUCACAAGUGGACAUGCUCCAUGAAAUGAGUACUAUCUAUCAUCCCUAUAAGGAACAUAUGAGACACAACCCACUUGUCUAUUAUUAUUCAAUGUUUGCAAUCUUUCAGAUGGUUCCUGUGAAAGUAUUUAUAUCUAAGCCAGUCGGAGAUAAUAUUUGAGAGACACUUUAUCAAAUGCUUUCCUGAGUCCUAGCUCUUUGAUGCCUGCUGCUCUCCCUGCUCUCACCCAUUUUGAAAUUCUGUGGAUUUUGUAUUCAUUUUUCUCAUGGGCUUAGUCUUUGUAAACCCAUUCCAUGCAAAUGUUUCCAUAAAGAGAUCUGUGUAAUUCUUACAUUAUAGGGAGAGACAUGAAAAGAUACCUUUGAAAGACAGAAAGAAAGCCACAGUUGUUAUCAGAGCUCUAAAGCUGUCUCCAAAUAAUGAGUUAUGCCAUACUAUUUGACUGUGCUUGGGGAAAAUAACUCUAAAUAAAUAUUAAGAGAUAAAAGAGAUUGCCUUCCCUUAUAUGCGUUUCCUUGUACUGCAUGAACUGUUUUCCAGUGGGGAUUGAAUCACAUCUUGUCUCAUACAGAAAGCAAGAGAAGUCAUUAGCUCUGCUAAUUGUUUAAGAUAAAAAAGCAAUGACAGUUUGCUUUGUGUGUGGUUAAACUUGUUAAAUGCACAAAUUAAGCAAUUAUUUUAAUUCUCAUUUGAUUCAUUAUUCCUCCAUGCCAGCACACUAGCACUUUUUUUUACUCUGCUCACUUUGUAUUUAGAGUAUAUCUUUUCUUGGGAAACACAUUCAAUAAGUACAAUUACAUGGCAGCAUGCAAUACACAGUCUUUUAAUUUGGUAUUGCAUUAUGCAAUGUGUUAGCAUGAACGCAAUGUGAACACAUAAUUUAGUAAUACUUCUAUAAAGAGUUGAUGAAUAGUAUGUCUAGAUCUGAUUUGUAAUGAAGCCACAGUUAUGAGCACACACAAACUCAGUAGAAAUAUGUGGUUUGGGCCAACAAGGAUAUUUUGGUGUUAUUGUUUACCAUCAAGUUUAAUUUAUAUUCAUUUGCUUUUCAGAUUAUUUGAAAAUGCUGAAAGCACCUUGAAGAUUAUAUGUUUAAUUAGAUUGUUAACUAGUAUCAUACUGAGAAAUGUAGGGUUGCUGAGAAACCAGGAUUUUCAGCUGCAUCAGGAUUUGCUGCAUCAGGAUUUUCAGCUAUCAGUAGUGUGCAAGGAGAGUGACAGUAUUCUCACACGCGUCUUGGCACUGAUGCUUGGAAACAGCCACUGUGUGUUGUUCAGUAUUGUCCUAACCUCUCCCUGACCUUCGUACCUGGGCAGUGUUAAAGCCAGUAUAUUUUGGCGGUGAGCAUUUUGCAGAAAGUAAUAGAAGUGGAUGCUGAUACUUGAAAUUUUGUGCAUGGCUACUGAAAAUGAUCAACAUGUUGCACUAAGUGAACGUGCUACGUACUGAAGAUGAGCUCAGUGAACACCCUGGCCUGUAAAGCAUUCUAGAUAUCAGCUGAGCCCUGGCAUUCCAGGCCUACAGCUAGUAUGUAUGCAACAUUUCCCAGCCUUCAGCAAAGAAAGAUCUGAGCCUUCUGCCAGGACUUUUCCAGUCAUAUCCUUCUAGUAUAAAAUCUAUUGGCAUACAAACAAAUGGAUUUGCACUUCUGGAGAUAAGCUUUCCCCAACAUACUAAUUGCAUCAAUCUGUAACUUUCUUGAAGGCUUAGGAACUUAGAAAGACUUUAAUUCUUGGCAUAUUUAAAGGCUUAAAAUGUCCUGUUGCUACCUCUACCACAUAAGAGAGGAUCAGUUCAACUGCCAUCCUAAUGGCAGGUCACAGGUGUAUGGCUGAUGCACACUGCUACCAAGAGCACUGACAUUUUUUCUCCCCUUUGCAAUGUGCAGCAUUAUGUAUAUUAUAGAAAAUUUUGGAUUCUGUUCCAAGAGACCAUAUUAGCACACUGCAGGGGUAAGUACAGCAUCAAUGCACGCUGACCUCUCCUCCGUGCACUUUAGCAUUUUAGCUCCAGUCCCCAAGGAGUCGGUAGGAGGAGUAUUUUGAAAGGUAAACUAGCUUGCUAAAAAAAAGCUUUAAAGUCUUCAGUGAACAUCUCCUUAGAGAUGUUAUUCCUUCAGUAAAACUAACAAAAGUCUGUUGCCAUCCAGGGAAUAGCUGGCUGUACAAGUCCUUAGAGAAGUCCUUGACAUCUCAGUUUCCCCACUCUCUCUCUCCUAGUUACAUAGAGGGCUUUUGCACGGGACUAAGAGCCAUGGGUACACACA